GCGGGGCCUACUCUCCCGGUUGUCUUAGCUACGGCUGGGCGGGACUUAAGUGGAAGCGAGCGAUCCACUUCCUCCAGGGGCCGGAAGUCACUGUCUCCUGGGUGAACUGGCCUUUGCAGCCAGGGAAAGCGAGUGCAGAUUCAUCCACCUGCUGCCAUGGGACGCAGGAAGUCGAAACGGAAGCCACCCCCCAAGAAGAAGAUGACGGGCACCUUGGAGACCCAGUUUACCUGCCCCUUCUGCAACCACGAGAAGUCCUGUGACGUGAAAAUGGACCGCGCCCGCAACACUGGAGUCAUUUCCUGUACCGUGUGCCUAGAGGAAUUCCAGACGCCCAUCACUUAUCUGUCAGAACCCGUGGACGUGUACAGCGAUUGGAUAGACGCCUGCGAGGCAGCCAAUCAGUAGCGAAGCCGAGGGCCCACCCCCUUGGCAGCCCCGCCUGCCAUGGACCGGCCCACUGGGUUCCAAGGCAGACAUUCCAGGGGUGGGGGUGGGUCCGGGGCUGUCUCGGCCCCCUUCUUGUCUGCGUGAGCGUGAUGGGCGUGAGCGAGCAUGAGUGUGUGCCCGUAGGUUUGGGGUUGAGUUGGCAGGCCCGAGGGCCCCGACCAGGGCUUACUUGGUUGCUCCCUCUUUCACCCACCCCCAGCCUCCCUAGCUUUAGGCUCCAGUUUCCCUGAGGGGCAUUUUCCUGGGAUCCUGGCCGGGCAGGAGAUGGGUGCCGGACUUCUCCAGCCUCUUCAAUAGCAGUCCGCCCGUGUGCCCGCGGCCUUGGAGUCGAAGCCCUCCUUCCCCGGCGCCCUUGGUAGAGUGAGCCAGCCCCGCUGCCCUAACCGGAAGCCCCAUCUCAUCUCUGGUUGCUUUUGUAGGGGAGGCAGGGCUGCUUUGGAGACAGCUGUCAGUCAACGGUCACGAGCCCCUCAAUAAAACAGCCAAUGCAGA